GCAGACUACACCCUGAACUACUCGCCAGCCAGUCGCAGGGCACACAUAGAGACGAACAACCAUUCACACCCACGUCCACACUCUCACUGAGUGGGAACAAAUCACACACUAUUUGCACGCAAGCCAGGCGAGGGUACCACUGACUAGUGACUACCAUCAGCGACACACUUGUAAACUAAAUCCAGGCCUCUCUGAAUUGGUUCGCCUCAUUCAGGCUGCCAUGGGUGCCAUUUUUUUCAUGGCAUUUAAACUUCACAGCCUUCCUGUGUAUUGCUCCAGACAAUGCACUUAAAUCGCUACUUUUCGGUAACAGUGUAAUUGGUCUCACGUGGUCUGUGGACUACAGCGUUGUGAAUGAUAUUGACACAGCGAGCAGCUACUCAAAAGCUGCGAGCACAUUUGUUUGAUGCUUUUAAGUGCUAAACCCCGCACAUUCCGUCAUGGUGACAUUGGCAAAUCUCCACAAACUUCCCGGAAGAGCCAUGAAGCAGGCGAACUGGCAUCCAACACGGUUCUGAACAAGGCGUGCACUUCAGUGGAUGCUCUACUUUUUUGCGGGGUCGGCUACCUGUGGAGGUUCCCCGCUUCUCCAGUUCUUCCCUACCCAGUUGGCACGUUGGGCGCAGCCCGGCACGGAGGCAGCAUGCUGCGAUUGGACGCGUGUGAGUUUGGGGGUCAGGUGCUGGAGCUGCUGUGGCUAACUAUGUGCUACAGAGGAUUCCUGAUGGACAAGCGGGAACUGCCUUUGGAAGAGGAGGAGGAAGAUGACAGGAACCUCAACUACAACCCGCCAGCUCACAAGACGUUGCAGGAGAUUCGGGAGCUGGACAAAGAUGACGAGAGUUUGGUGAAAUACAAGCAGACCCUGCUGGGGACGCGACCCAUGAUGGCAGAUUUCUCAGGCCCAAACGUCCAAGUGACCAAAGUCACCCUGUUAUUUGACGAGCCCCCUGGAGCGAUCGCCAUCAACCUAACAGGAGACGUUCACAGCCCGAAGGAGAAGACAUUCACUCUGAAGGAAGGAGUCAAAUACAGGCUCAAAAUACACUUUAAGGUGAACAAAGAAAUUGUCGCUGGCUUGAAGUACCACCAUGUGAGUUUCAGAAAAGGAUUAAAAAUGGACAAGGUGUCCUACAUGAUGGGCAGUUACUGUCCUCGUGAGAAGGAACACGAGUUUGUGUUCCCGACUGAUGAGACGCCUCAAGGCUUGGUGUCGCGCGGCCUCUACCAAAUCGAGUCCCACUUCACCGACGACGACAAGAACGCCUACUCCGCUUGGGACUGGAACCUCGAGAUCAAGAAGGACUUGGAUGACUAGAGAGCGUCUUUGUUAAGACGGGACGCUUGUCUCCUCCCCUUAGCCGCAUCUGACGUACGCAAUUCUCUUAAAAACACAAACGGGGACGUUCAGAGAAGUGUAGCUCCUCUCCUCUCCCUUUGUCUCGCAUUUGAAAAAAAACAUUGUGUAAUAUCCAUAUCGUAAGGCUUCGGGAAGCCAUUCGACCCCCCACUUCCCAUCAAAUAACGUCACUCAGCAACCGCGGAUGCGAAGAAGCCGCAAGCAAAAAGAGAAAAUCUGUGGAAAAAUGAAGAGAUGCUAUUGUUGCGCUUGUUUUCCGUGGCCUGUGUGGUCUGUUUCGAUUAUUAUGUCAUCAAUUUUGCAAAUCGGUGCAUCCAGGUGCAGCACAAGACACCACAUUCACAUUUAAUGGCAUCCAAAAGAAAUGGAAAAAAAAAA